AUAUAUUUAAUCUUCCUGCAAGCCUUACAGUUCACAUCAGUACCGAAUAAAAAACCCUACCCUCACACCUCCGCCGCCUCUCUUUCUCGCCACCUGUCUUCCCGCUGUCGCCUGACGCCAUGCUCCGCCGUGCCGACAGAAGCUCCGCCCACCUCUGCUGCGCCCUUCGCCGCACCAUCUGCACUACGAUUAUUACGAUUUUAACUACUCAUACCACCAUUAUUUGCUGAAUUCUGAUUUCCACUCUCCCAUUCCUCUGCCGAAACACUGCACAUCUGAGCUUGACUUCACUACUAUUUCUAAUAUCCUUUUUCGAACGGGCUUUAUCGGCUUGGACCAGAUGGCGAUGUUGAAGAACUAUGGUGCUUGCUUGAAAGACUCAACUCUCCAGUUUCCGCGUCCUAACUGCGGCGAUAUCAACAAGAGGAGGAACGCAAAAUGGAAGUCUGCACAAGCAGCUGUAAUUCCUAAUUUCCAUCUCCCAAUGCGUAGUUUUGAAGUUAAAAAUAGGACAUCAGUAGAUGAUAUCAAGUCUCUUAGGUUGAUCACAGCCAUCAAAACUCCAUAUCUUCCGGAUGGCAGGUUUGAUCUGGAAGCAUAUGAUGCUUUGGUGAACAUGCAGAUUGUAGAUGGAGCUGAAGGUGUGAUUGUAGGUGGCACAACCGGUGAAGGCCAGUUGAUGAGCUGGGAUGAACACAUAAUGCUUAUUGGCCACACAGUCAAUUGUUUUGGUGGAUCAAUCAAGGUAAUUGGAAACACUGGAAGCAACUCCACAAGGGAAGCAAUUCAUGCCACCGAACAGGGCUUUGCUGUUGGAAUGCAUGCUGCUCUUCAUAUCAAUCCUUACUAUGGAAAAACUUCCUUGGAGGGUUUGGUUUCUCACUUUGAGAGUGUGCUCCCCAUGGGUCCUACCGUUAUUUACAAUGUACCAUCACGAACUGGCCAAGACAUUCCCCCAGGGGUUAUUCACACCGUGGCACAGAGUGCUAACUUGGCUGGUGUUAAAGAGUGUGUGGGAAAUGAUAGGAUAAAACAGUACACCGAUAACAGAAUUGUGGUGUGGAGUGGGAACGAUGAUCAGUGCCAUGACGCGAAGUGGGACUAUGGAGCUACUGGAGUGAUAUCCGUUACUAGCAACUUGAUUCCUGGUCUAAUGCGACAACUCUUGUUUAAAGGGAAGAACCCUUCUCUCAAUGCGAAGAUCAUGCCUCUGGUUAACUGGCUUUUUGAAGAGCCAAACCCCAUUGGCUUAAACACAGCUCUGGCUCAACUUGGUGUGGUGAGGCCAGUUUUCAGGCUACCCUACGUACCACUUCCUUUGGCAAAGAGGGUAGAGUUCGUGAAUAUAGUGAAGGAAAUCGGGCGGGAGAAUUUUGUCGGUGAAAAAGAUGUUAAGGUUCUUGAUGAUGAUGAUUUUAUCUUGGUGGGUCGAUAUUAGUCUCUAUACUCUACUCUUGUUCCAGUUACCAUGCUGUCUUGGUUUCCAGUUCAUGUUUCAACUCUUUUUUGGGGAAAUAAAUUUAUAUAAUUUAUCCGUACAUUGUUACUUAGACGUCGGUCAUAGAUCUGUAGUAAAACAUGUAGCUAUCAAAUGGUGUAUGCUGGACGGUUGGAAUAAUUUUGCCUUUAUAGCUGUGGAACCCAGUUUGCAUAUGAA